AUGAAGUGUCUGGUGACGGGCGGCAAUGUGAAGGUACUCGGCAAGGCCGUCCACUCUCUAUCCCGCAUCGGAGACGAGCUCUACCUGGAGCCCCUGGAGGACGGGCUUUCCCUCCGGACCGUGAACUCCUCCCGCUCGGCCUAUGCCUGCUUCCUCUUCGCCCCGCUCUUCUUCCAGCAGUACCAGGUAGCCACCUCCAACCAAGACCCAGUGCGGUGUAAGAUCCUGAUGAAGUCGUUCCUGUCGGUCUUCCGCUCACUGGUGAUGCUAGAAAAGACUGUGGAGAAGUGUUGCAUCACUCUGCAUGGCAGGAGCAGCCGCCUGGUGGUCCAGCUGCACUGCAAAUACGGGGUGAGGAAGAUCCACAACCUGUCCUUCCAGGACUGUGAGUCCCUGCAGGCCGUCUUCGACCCAGCUUCGUGCCACCACGUGCUCCGAGCCCCAGCCAAGGUCCUGGGGGAGGCUGUACAGCCCUUCCCCCUAGCACUGGCUGAAGUGACCCUGGGCAUUACCCGUGGCCGCAGGGUGAUCCUACGAAGUUAUCAGGAGGAUGAGGCAGCAGACAGCACCAUCAGAGCCAUGGUAACAGAGAUGAGCAUCGGAGAGGAAGACUUCCAGCAGCUGCAGGCCCAGGAAGGGGUAGCCAUCACUUUCUGUCUCAAAGAACUCCGGGGCCUCUUGAGCUUCGCUGAGUCAGCAAAUCUGUCCCUCAGCAUUCACUUUGAUGAACCUGGCAGGCCUGCCAUCUUCACUGUUGAGGAUUCACUGCUGGACGGUCACUUUGUCUUGGCCACUCUCUUAGAGCCAGACCCACAGUCCCAGGGCCUGGGCUCCCCGCAGCCCCACAUGCCAGGUCCUCCGUUACAGGCUUCCAGCACGCCCCCCCUGGACGACUUUGCCAAUGAUGACAUGGACUCUUACAUGAUUGCCAUGGAGACCACAGUGGGCAUCGAAGGCUCGCGAACCCUGCCCUCCCUCUCCCCUGGCCUCCGUGCCCCUUGUAGCCCAGGAUCAAACUCAGAGGACGAUGACAACAAAGAUGACCCGAGCACAGUGCCUGGGACCCCCCCACCAAAGAAGUUCCGCUCCCUGUUCUUUGGCUCCAUCCUGGCCCCAGACCACUCCCCCCAGGGCCCUAGCCCUGUGCUGGCUGAAGACAGUGAGGGUGAGGGCUGA